AAAUCCAGUUCUACUGCAUGUUCUACUGUACCAAAUCCAUUAUUUGAUAAUAAUAAAAUUGCUGAUACAUUUGAAAGUGUUGAAUCUGCCUCCAACACUGUGGUAAAAGUCCAAUAUGAAAUUUAG